CCUGCCUAGGCUCGUUUGCGGACCGCCUGUGCGCGCCAGCUGAGCGUGGGUUAGGGUUGCAUGCGCGCAGGGGGCGGUGGGGGUGGCUGUGCGCUAGCGUGUGCACCCACGAUGUCUGCACUCGCUGCGGGGCUGCGGAGUAUGCUAGUGGCGGGAUGGGCAUGUGAUCGGUGAAAAGGAUGCUUCUCCGACCCGCCUCGAUGCACGGUCACUUUGAUCCUCCUGGGUCUGUCCGUGGGUGACCGUCUGACCUGGAGGGACUCAGAGCUGGUGGCUGCCCCACCUCCCUCCCGGAACAAGCGCAGCAACUUGGAUGUAUUGGGGUCCUGGCAAUCCCCUCUUCCCACCAUGGGUUCCUUGCCCUGGAGCUGCAAGCUCCUUUCUCCCCUGCCCCCAGCGCUGGAUUGGGAGCCUGGCGGGGGGCCAUCCCGAGACCCGAGUCCCUGGACUAGCCGGUCUUUCCGGACAGGGUGAUUUUCGUUUAAAGAUUAAUGAGCCACACUGGUGCUAUGAAAUUCAAGCUACAGAAUUGAACAACAAUUGCAAGGGGCCUGACCAUUGGCCUGGAGACUGCCAGAAGACCCACCAGUCCCCCAUCAACAUCGUCACCACCACGGCAAGGCUGGACAAGAACCUGGGCCCCUUCUCCUUCUUUGGCUACAACAAGAAGGAAAAGAGGGUAGUCACAAACAAUGGGCACUCAGUGAUGGUGUUGCUGGGGACUGAGGUCUACAUUGCUGAGGGAGGCCUGACCUCACAGUACCAGGCCACACAGUUGCACCUGCACUGGUCACAGGAGGUGGACAGGGGCUCGGAGCACACCGUCGACGGGAAACACUUUGCCAUGGAGAUGCACAUUGUACAUGAGAAAAAGACUGGGACAUCAAGCAACAAGAAUGUGUUGCAGAACCCUAAUGAUAAAAUUGCUGUGCUGGCCUUCCUGGUGGAGGUAGGGGACAAGAUAAACAAUGGCUUCCAGCCUUUGGUGAACGCACUGACCAGUAUCUCCAAACCCAAUAUGAGCACCACAGUGAAUGAGAUCAACCUGAUGGACAUGCUCCCCAAUGAGGAGAAACUGAGGCAUUACUUCCGCUACUCAGGCUCACUCACCACACCAACCUGUGAUGAGACAGUCAUCUGGACCGUGUUCAAGGAGCCCAUUAAGCUCCAUGAACACCAGUUUGAAGCAUUCUCCCAGAAGCUGUUCUAUGACCAGGAAGAAACACUGACUAUGAAAGACAACGUGAGGCCCGUGCAGCAGCUGGGAGACCGCCAAGUCUACAAGUCCCGGGCUCCGGGACAGCUGCUGUCCUUGCCCCUACCUACCCUGUUGGUCUCUACAUUCGCCUACCUGAUGGUUAGCCUCCUCCGAUGAUGGCUCACUUCUGGACACAUGACUUCUGACCUCAACCUUUUGAGAACUUGGUUUCCUUUCCUUAUAGUUCCUAGGUGGGAUUUUGGGAUGAUUAAAAUGUGGAUAUAUGCUGGGCAUGGUGGUGCACACCUUUAGUCCCAGCACUUGGGAGGCAGAGGCAGGUGGAUAUCUGUGAA